CCACUCGGGACAAAACACUCACAGCAACACACAACCCAACCGACCUUGCAGCAUUGACUAGCAAUAGGGUUGAAGGCCUCUCUUGGUCUCAACUUCCUUCCCCCAAGUCCAAAAAGAUAUGGCAUCAUGACAGGACGACGGCACACGGUACAGGUCCAACUGCUCCAUCCAUCACCCUUGCCCCUCCCCCCUUUCAGGCUAUUUCGAGCCGGCAUCCAUCACCUGGAAAUCUACAAGACAUUGAGCCCAAAGGAGGAAGCUGUUUUGCGCCUCGUAUCCCGGCAUGCCGAACCCACUGCUGGCCAUCUAGUGUAUCUGGCGUGCUGGGCACGACGUUCUGCUGGCCCCACACGAAAAUUCAAAUCAAUGCCUGCUCUCAGGGUUUCUCGAAUUACACUAAUGGCCUCGACCAGCACCAGUGGCAACAAUCACCGUGACAGCCCCAGCAUGCAAGCAAGGCCUGCUUUCACACACGCAUGCAGCACGCGGAACACGCCUUAUCAUGAGUUUACUGUCUCCUCUCUCUACAAUCCAGUUUGGACAGUGAACACAACACCGGACAUAUCGAGCGGCGAGCAGCCAACGGGUACUUCGACGUCUGGCGUUAUCGCUUUGCACCACGGCGAUUCCUCGCUGUAAUUAAGCCUUAACAAUUGCCUGUACGAUAGCACUCUGUGCUUCAGGCACCCCAGACACCAGGCCUUACAAAGUGAGGCUGGCACGGCUGGCCCGUCUGCAGGACAACAGAAUACGGGCAUGAUCGACGCUCUGCUGCGGGCUCUAGGCGGGUAGGGAUUCUACAGCACGCUACGGUCCAUUCGGUAUAGUGUCUUCAUGCAGUUCAAUGCCAAGAGC